AUGAACCACACCCGGCAACGAUUAAUACGUGAGCUGACUGUGACGGUGGGACGGACCCAUCCAAGGUUAACGUUGCAGCUUCAGCGACACCGACAGCAAUUUGUUCGCUGCACCAGCACAGACCGACCGAUCCGUCACACACACUCGACGGCUUCCUGUCCGCACCUGGUGGAGGCACUGAACGAUACCGAAACGGUCGCUCAGUCAACGACGGCCAGCAGCGCACGCAACACAAUCCGGCUGGAAGAUGCACGACCGUACUCGGAAGUUCCCGGGCCAAAACCGUUGCCAAUACUGGGCAACACAUGGCGAGUUUUCCCCAUUAUCGGCCAGUACAAGAUAUCGGAUGUGGCAAUGAUAUCGUUCCUGCUGCACCGCGAUUAUGGCCGUAUCGUACGCCUCGGAGGAUUGAUCGGUCGUCCGGAUCUGCUGUUCGUCUACGACUGUGACGAAAUCGAGAAGGUGUAUCGCAAUGAAGGCCCAACGCCGUUCCGACCAUCGAUGCCGAGCCUGGUGAAGUACAAGAGUGAGCUGAGGAAAGACUUUUUCGGCGAUCUUCCCGGUGUUGUUGGAGUCCACGGUGAACCAUGGCGUGAGUUUCGUUCACGCGUCCAAAAACCGGUCCUUCAGCUGUCCACCGUCCGCCGGUACGUGUCUCCUCUCGAGCAGGUGACAGAGGAGUUCAUCGACCGGUGUCAACAGUUGCUAGACGAUCGCAAAGAGCUGCCGGACGAUUUCGACAACGAGAUCCACAAAUGGUCACUGGAGUGUAUCGGUCUAGUUGCGCUCGAUACCCGGCUCGGGUGUCUGGAACCGAACCUGGACCCGAAAUCGGAACCGCAGCAGAUCAUCAAUGCGGCCAAGUAUGCGCUACGGAAUGUGGCUACACUCGAGCUGAAGGCACCGUACUGGCGCUACUUCCCAACGCCCGUCUGGUAUAAGUAUGUCAACAACAUGGAUUACUUCGUCAAAAUCUGCAUGAAGUACAUCAAAAAUGCCACCCAGAGGAUGAAGCUGAACGAGGGACGUGCUCUGGACGGUGAGCCCUCGCUGCUGGAGCGUGUCAUCAAGAGUGAGAAUGAUGAGAAGCUUGCCGUGGUAAUGGCGCUGGAUCUAAUUCUCGUUGGCAUUGACACGAUAUCCAUGGCAGUCUGUUCGAUCCUGUACCAGCUUGCGACACGUCCUGCCGAACAGCAAAAACUUUACGAAGAGCUGAAGCGGCUCAUUCCGGACCCGAAGACUCCGCUCACAAUUCAGCUGCUCGAUCAAGCCCACUACCUGAAGGCAUUUAUCAAGGAGGUGCUACGGGUGUACAGUACCGUCAUCGGGAAUGGUCGUACCCUGCAAGAGGACACCGUCAUCUGUGGCUACCGGAUUCCUAAAGGAGUGCAAUGCGUAUUUCCGAACCUAGUCCUUGGCACGAUGGAAGAGUACGUGUCCGAUGCGCAGCGGUUCAAACCGGAACGUUGGCUUAAACCCGCCCACGGUGGUUCCGGUGAUCAGCUUCAUCCGUUCGCAUCGCUCCCGUACGGUUACGGUGCGCGCAUGUGUCUCGGGCGACGGUUUGCCGAUUUGGAGAUGCAAAUAUUGCUAGCAAAGCUGCUACGUUCGUUCAAGCUCGAGUACCACCAUAAACCGUUGAACUACGAGGUGACGUUUAUGUACGCGCCUGAGGGUGCGUUGAAGUUCAAGAUGACACCGCGAGAGGAUUAG